AUGGCAAAGCCCCAGAGCAAGGAUUCUGGCCUAAAGGAGAAGUUCAGAAACCUGCUGGGGCUGGGAACAUCCCGGGGGAGCUCCAAGUCCUUGGAGGGCAAGCAGACAGAGUUUAUCAUCACUGCAGAGAUACUCAAGGAGCUGAGCAUAGAGUGUGGGCUGAGUAACAGGAUACGAGCAAUCAGUCAGAUCUGUGAAGUGGCAAAGACAAAGAAGAUUGAGGAGCACGCUGUGGAAGCCAUAUGGAAGGUGGUGGCUGACAUGCUGCAGCCUGAGCGUCCUGCUGAGGCCAGGCAUGCUGUUCUGUACCUGCUGAAGUCGAUUGUCCAGGGACAGGGGGAGAGAUUAGGGAUCCUCAGAGCCCAUUUUUUUAAGGUCAUUAAGGACUAUCCCUCCAAUGAGGACUUGCAUGAACGGCUGGAAGUGUUCAAGGCUCUCACAGAGAAUGGACGAUACAUCACCUACUUGGAAGAAGAGUUGGCUGAUUUUGUACUGCACUGGAUGGAUGUUGGUUUGACAUCUGAGUUCCUCCUGGUCUUAGUGAACCUGGUGAAGUUCAAUAGCUGCUAUCUGGAAGACUAUGUAGCUGGCAUGGUCCACAAGAUCUGCCUCUUGUGCAUUCAGACUUCAUCAUCUGUGGACAUACAGAUCUCCUUGCAGGUGCUUGAUGCAGUAGUUUGCUAUAACUGCCUGCCCUCUGAGAACCUGCCUGUGUUCAUCAUCAUCCUGUGCAGGACCAUCAACGUCAAGGAGCUCUGUGAGCCCUGCUGGAAGCUCAUGCGUAAUCUUUUGGGAACUCACCUGGGACACAGUGCCAUCUACAACAUGUGCAGGAUCAUGGAAGACAGAGCCUUCAUGGCAGAUGCAGCCCUGCUGAGAGGGGCUGUGUUCUUUGUGGGGAUGGCUCUGUGGGGGGCUCAGCGCCUCAAUUCCCUCAGGAACUCCCCAACUUCAGUGCUGCCUUCAUUCCUCAAGGCCAUGACAUGUUCCAAUGCAGUUGUGUCUUACGAGAUAGUUCUGUCCAUCACUCGCCUGAUCAAGAAAUAUGGGAAGGAGCUGCAAGCUGUGACCUGGGAUAUCCUCUUGGACAUCAUGGAGCGACUGCUGCAGCAGCUGCAGAGUCUGGAGCACAAAGACCUGAAGUCCAUUGUACAUGAGCUGUUGACUACAGUAGAAGAACUCUGUGACCAGAAUGAAUUUCAUGGCUCUGAAGAGAGAUUUUUUGAGCUGGUGGAAAGAUGUGCUGAUCAGAGACCAGAAUCUUCUGUGUUAAACCUGAUAACAUACAGAGCCCAGUCCAUCCACCCUGCCAAAGAUGGUUGGAUUCACAAUCUGCAGCUCUUAAUGGAGAGAUUCUUCAGGAAUGAGAGUCGCAGUGCUGUUCGUAUCAAGAUUCUGGAUGUCCUGUCCUUCGUCCUGAGCAUUAACAGACAGUUCUAUGAGGAAGAGCUGAUAAACCUGGUGGUGAUCUCUCAGCUGGCUCACAUCCCAGAGGAUAAAGACCACCAGGUGAGAAAACUGGCCACACAGCUGCUUGUGGACCUGGCUGAGGGCUGCAACACACACCACUUCAACAGCCUGCUGGACAUCAUCGAGAAGGUGGCUGCACAUUCUCUCUCAUCUCCUUCUGAACUGGAAGAGAGGGACUUGCUGUCCUAUUCAGCUUCUUUGGAGGAUGUCAAGACAGCAGUUCUUGGGCUCCUGAUAAUUCUGCAGACCAAGCUGUACAGUUUGCCCUCCAGCCAUGCCAUGAGGGUCUAUGAGAUGCUGAUCCAGCACAUCCAGCGCCACUACAGAUACUCCUACAGCCUUCCUGUUGCCAGCAGCAUCAGGCUGCAGUCCACCGGCCUUUCCAACAAGGAUGGAGCAGUGAGGUUCAGCCCUUACUGCCUGUGUGAUUUUGUCCCCAGUGUGCCUUCCCAAAAUGCCACUGUGAGGAUAGGGCACCUGCCCUACUCCAUGGUCUUUGGUGUCCUCCUGCAGUGUUUGAAGCAGGAGACAGACUGGAAGGUGUUGAAGCUAGUCCUCAACAAACUACCUGAAUCUCUCCGCUAUAAAGUGCUGUUUUUAACUUCUCCCUGUAACAUAGAUCUUUUGGCCUCUGCACUCAGCAACAUGCUCACAGACAAGAAGACCACGGACAGGCUCCAUGGCACCCCUGAAGGCUUCUCGCGCACUGAUCUGCACCUGGCUGUGGUCCCAGUGCUGACAGCACUCAUCUCUUACCACAACUACCUGGACAAGGCCAAACAGCGGGAGAUAGUGUAUUGCCUGGAGCACGGGCUGAUCUAUCGCUGUGCCAACCAGUGCGUGGUGGCACUGUCAGUCUGCAGUGUGGAGAUGCCCGACAUCAUCAUCAAGGCUCUGCCUGUCCUAAUAGUCAAAUUAACCCACAUAUCAGCUACAGCCAACAUGGCAAUCCCUCUUCUAGAAUUUCUGUCAACUCUGGCCAGACUGCCUCACCUGUACAGGAACUUUGCAGCAGAGCAGUAUGCCAGCGUGUUUGCCAUCUCCCUGCCAUACACUAACCCCUCCAAAUUUAACCAGUACAUCGUUUGCUUGGCCCAUCACGUCAUCGCCAUGUGGUUCAUCCGCUGUCGCCUUCCCUUCCGAAAGGACUUUGUCCCCUUCAUCACCAAG